GUGGGUGGUACACAUGGAGGGAGCAUCCGGUACUCUCUACGAAGGAGAGAAAUUCAAACUGCAGUUCAAAUUUUCUCCAAAAUAUCCCUUUGAUUCUCCGGAGGUGAUUUUUGUAGGAGACAACAUCCCCAUCCAUCCUCAUAUAUAUUCAAAUGGACACAUUUGCCUGAGCAUUCUAACAGAAGACUGGUCACCUGCCCUUUCAGUACAGGCCAUUUGUUUUGCAAUCAUCUCCAUGCUAUCUUCAUGUAAAGAAAAGAAACGACCACCUGACAAUAGCUAUUAUGUCAAAACUUGCAGUGCCAACCCCAAAAAGACAAAAUGGUGGUAUCACGGUAAGACGGCAGUGGUAUAUGACAUAUAGUAUACUCAAGUAUAACUCAGUGUCGUGUAUGGGUCAAGCCCUUAACUUUGCAUAUAUCUCUUUUAUAAACUUACCCUAAUUUUUGAGAAACUUUUAAAUGGGGUCAGAUAGUUCUCAUGUGGAAAAUAUUCCAUAACUUGAAGAUAGUUCUGAAAACAUAAAACACACAUCAAAAGUUUAAAAAGUAUU